GCUGACAUGAGGUCUCUUCUGUGGUUGCUCCUCCUCCUGCUGCUAGGGGAAGUUACAGCAUACUCUGGAGAUAGUGAGGACGCUGAAGAAAUAGUUGCAAUCCUUCAGGAGUCCAUCAGUCUUCCUUUGGAAAUACCAUCUGAUGAAGAAGUUGAGAAUAUCAUCUGGUAUUCUCAGGAAACACUUGCGACAGUGGUACCAGAGAAAGAAGGACGGCCUGCUACACUGGAGGUGACUGACCCUCGGUACCAGGGCCGAGUGAGCUUUCUAGAACCUAGCUACUCACUGCACAUCAGCAAUCUGAGCUGGAAGGACUCAGGAAUUUACCAAGUUCAAGUCAACCUGAGGACAUCCCAGCUCUUUACCAAGCAGCACUACAAUCUACAUGUCUACCGAUGGCUGUCAGAGCCCCGAAUCACUGUGAACUUUGAGAUCUCCAGUGAAGGUGCCUGUAAUAUGUCCCUAACAUGCUCUGUAGAGAGAGAAGGCAUAGAUGUGACCUACAGAUGGCUCUCAUCAGGGGAUGGCAACCCCAUCAACCCUAAUGCAGAACAUGAAGGCCCCAUUCUCAGCACAUCCUGGAGGCCUGGUGACAAUGCCCUUUCCUACACCUGCAGGGCCAGCAACCCCAUCAGCAACAUCAGUUCCCAUCCCAUCCCUGCUGGGCCCUUCUGUGCAGAUCCUGCCUAUCCUGAGAGGUCCUCAAUGUCCUUCUGCCUCGUGGCCAAGGGAUUGCUCCUCCUCUUGCUUUUGGUCAUUCUAGCCAUGGGGCUUUGGGUGAUCCAAGCCAAGAAAAAUUGUGAAAUGCCAAGGAUGAGGAAACUCAAGAGAGACAGAAUGAAACUGAGGAAGAAGGGGAAGUCAGCUCUUAGCCCAGUCUGA